AUGGCAGCCAAGCUCACUGUUGGCCAGGUCCCGGCCAUGUUCGCCCGGCGACAGCAGCAAGUGUUCAGUGUCGGCAGACGCCUGCAAUCCACCUCUUCUACUACCCACAACCCCGCUUAUCCACUCUACCCCUCUGUCGCCCAGCUCCUCCGUGAGAAGGGCAUCCCCCAGUCCGAUGUCUCCAAGAUCCCAGCCUCCGGCCCCAAGGGCCGUCUCCUGAAGGGAGACGUGCUCGCCUACAUCGGCAAGAUUCCCGCCGAGUACCCUUCAACCCAAGCCGCCACUCUGGCCAAACUUUCUCACCUCGAUUUGAGCAACAUUAAGAUUGCGCCGGCCCCAGCUCCCGCCGCGCCGGCCGCAGUGGAGGAGGAGGCCGUUGCCGCACCCAUUCCCAUGGCCUCGGUCGCCAUCUCUAUCUCCUUGGCCGCUGUGCUGUCCGCCCAGAAGAAGCUCCAGGAUAACUUGGGCGUGACUGUUCCUCUGUCUCGCUUCCUUGCUGUGGCCACAGACCUUGCCAACGAUGACCUCCCUCGCUUGGCCAGCUUCAAGCCCUCCGCCGAUGAGCUCUUCAAUGAGGUUCUCGGCGCUGAGCCUAUCUACACAUCUCGCGGUGAUUACAUCCCCGAGUUGAACGCUGUGGAGGCCCCCAAGACCCUCCGCUCCAAGCCCGUCACUGAGGACCUUAUCGAUUUCCUGAGCUCCAACUCUUCCAAGAAGUCUGUUCGUGCGGCUCCGGUCGAGAGCGAGUCUGGUGUUGCUUCCAAUGUUUUCAGCUUGACCGUCCCUGCUAAUGAAGAGGUCCGUGCUAGAGAAUUCUUGGAGCGGAUCAAGACCCUUCUCUCGAUUGAGCCGGCGCGCUUGGUGCUUUAA